AAGAUCACCCUUGUGUAGUGCGCUCCUAGUCAAGUUACGGGAGGAGUAUAGUUAAACGAAAUAAUCUGCUUUGAUUAGCCUAGUUAAUUACUUUUGAAGUUUUAUAAAAAAGAAUACAAUAAUUUGACAGUAUCUACAUAUAUGUAUAUAUAUAUUUUUUGAGAUGUUUUAUUUUAACUAGCAUUUUAUUAGUUAUAUAAUAGAUACAAGGCGUUAAAUUAGCAUAUAUCAGAUCGUCAGUACUAAGUGAAUAUGUCAGUGUCUAACUAUGAAUAUUUUGAUGUAACCACACCAAGUUUUAAUAAUAAGAAGUCUAAACGUAAAAAUAUUAAAAUAUCUCAAAGAAAAAAUAAUGAAAAAAAAAUUCCUAUUAUAGAUUCUUUAUUUGAAAUAAAUUUUAAACAAGAUUUUGCUUCUAAUAAUACUGUUGAAAAUUUUAUGUCAUUAUAUGAUAAAGUAAGUAAACUUCAAAAAGGAUACACACCUUUACAUCUAGCUAUUGAAACUGGUAACUUACAUUUAGUACAAUUUUUAUUGAAACUUCCGACUAUUAAUGUUAAUGCAUUUACAAGUACUGGUUUCACAGCACUUCAUAUGGCUAUCAAGUUAGAUAGUUUAAAAAUUGUUAAUUACUUAUGUGAACAUUCUGACAUAGAUUUAGAAGCAACCUCAAACUCGUUAGGUACCCCAUUGAUAUAUGCAACAUUGAUAUCAACUCCAAUUAUUUUAAAAACUCUAAUUGAAAGUGGUGCUGAUGUUAAUAAAACAUUUACAGCAGAUUUCUUAAAUCCUCUAAUGUUAGCUAUUCAUAAUAAUAAAACAGAACAAAGUUGGCUAUUAACUGAAAGUGGAAUUUGCUCUUUACAUACAGAUAUUAAAAAAUGGAAUGCUUUACAUUAUGCUACUUUGUUUAAAGGAUCUGCAGAACUCAUUAAAAGACUUGUAGAUAUUGGAGUUGAUUUAAAUGGAGUUACUCGUGAAGGAAUGACACCUUUGCACCAUGCAGUGAUAUCUGGAAGUAUUAAUGCUGUAAAAAUACUUGUUGAAUUGAAAUCAGACAUUCAUAAAAGUGAUGAUAAUGGACUUACUGCCUUACACUAUGCUGCAUAUCAAGGCCAUUGGGAAAUAGUAAAGGAAUUGUUGGCUGCUGGUUCCAGACCAAAUAAAAAAACAAAUAGCAAAGUUACGCCAUUACAUUUUGCUGCUAAACAUGAUCGAAUUUUGGUAAUAAAAGAAUUACUGAAAUGCUAUGUUGAUGUAAACGCAUUAACUAUGCAAUGCAACACACCAUUGCACUAUGCUGCUUGUAAUGGAAAUGAAGAAAUGGUUGAUAUUUUACUUAAAAAUGGAGCUGAUUUAAGUAUUCCAAACAAAGAUAAUGAUUUACCUAUUCAUCUUGCUUGUGUGCGUGGUGCUUUUAAGGUUGUAAAGCUAUUAUAUUCAAAUGGAUUAAAUAUGAAUUGUCGCAACAAAAAUAAUAUGUUACCUAUACAUAAUGCUAUUCUCAGUUCAAAUCCAGAGCUUGUCAAGUAUCUUUUAGACAGAAGUAAAUAUAGCAUAGAUAUUGAUUUAUACCAUGUAGCUUUACGUUCUAGUGAUAUAAAUAUCCUUAGAAUUUUAAUUGAAAAAACUAACAUAAAUGUAUUUAAAGAUCAAAUAUUUUGGUGUAAGGUUAUAGGAUUUUCUGGAUCUUUAGAAGUUAUAAAAACUUUCAUGAAAUACUUUAUACCAUCUUCUUCAACUUUAAUGAAUCUAGUAGGAUAUGCAACACGGUUAGGAUAUAGUGAUAUUGCCUUGUAUUUACUGAAUCAUAUAGAGCAAUGGAAUAAUCUUAUUGACUGUAAAGAAAACACAACAUUGAAUUAUGCUAUUCAAAAAGGUGAUUUAGAAUUGGUCCGUGUAUUGUUAGACAAAGGUUCAGAUGUUGAGUUAAGCAAUAAUGUGAGAAAUUCAUCUUUACAUUCAAUAUUAAAGAGUGGAAAUCAAGAAAUAAAUAAACUGUUAGAAAAAAAAGCUAUUAACCAUUGUAUUCAGAAAAACAAAGAAUGGAAUCCUCUUUCUCAAAGUUUUAUAUUUCAAACUGAUUACCCGAUUACUGACAGGAAAAUUGUUUUGACAAAAACGUAGUAUUUUAUUAUAAUAUUAAUUAUUUAAAUUGAUACAUCAUAAGUUAUUAUAAAUGUAAACUAUUAUUCGACCAGAAGCAAACAACUUAUUAAUACUUAGUAAUUUAUUUUAAUCAAGACUUAAGAAAACAUUUUUUCAAAAAUCAAUAUUUAUAUAAAUAAAUUAGCUAAUAUUUAUGUGGUGAAAUUUUUGUUUAUUAUUAUAUAAUUUUUUUUUUAAGUUUGAUUACAGGAUAUUAUUUGAAUAUUCAAUAUUUUAUAUGAACAUUUUUAAACAUUUAAAUGAUUGGAAUUAUAAGACAACUAUUUUUUAAAUAUUUGUAUAUUAUUUUUUGUAUUUUAUAAAUUAUCAAGUAUACAGACUAAUAUAAUAAAUACACAAAUAUGUUUUAAGAA